GACGAAUACUACGAUGGCUAUAUGGAAGAAGAGGAGGAAUGGGACAGAGAAGGCUUAUUAGACCCUGCCUGGGAGAAACAGCAAAAAAAGACAUUUACAGCAUGGUGCAAUUCACAUUUAAGAAAAGCUGGAACAUCCAUAGAAAAUAUAGAAGAAGACUUUCGACAUGGUCUGAAACUGAUGUUGUUAUUAGAAGUAAUAUCUGGAGAACAGCUACCCAAACCUGACCGAGGCAAAAUGAGGUUCCAUAAAAUAGCCAAUGUAAAUAAAGCUUUAGAUUAUAUCGCCAGUAAAGGUGUGAAACUUGUAUCCAUAGGUGCUGAAGAAAUUGUAGAUGGUAACGUAAAAAUGACUUUAGGUAUGAUCUGGACUAUUAUUCUAAGAUUUGCUAUUCAAGAUAUUACAGUAGAAGAAUUAACAGCCAAAGAGGGUUUGUUACUAUGGUGUCAAAGAAAAACAGCUCCAUAUAAAAAUGUUAACGUACAAAAUUUCCAUCUCAGCUUUAAAGAUGGGUUAGCUUUCUGUGCCUUGAUUCAUAGGCAUCGCCCAGAUCUUAUAGACUACCAUAAACUAUCCAAGGAGAAUCCAUUAGAGAAUUUGAACACAGCCUUUGAUAUUGCUGAGAAAUAUCUGGAUAUCCCAAGAAUGUUAGACCCUGAAGAUAUGGUGAACUCUGCCAAGCCUGAUGAGAGAUCAGUUAUGGCCUACGUAUCAUCGUAUUAUCAUGCCUUCUCAGGAGCUCAGCAGGCUGAAACAGCAGCUAAUAGAAUCUGUAAAGUUCUGAAAAUUAAUCAAGAAAACGAGAGAUUGAUGGAAGAAUAUGAAAAGCUCGCUAGUGAUCUUUUAGCCUGGAUCAAGAAAACCAAGCCAUGGCUAGAAAAUCGUGUAACAGACAACACCCUUCCAGGAACACAACAUAAACUAGAAGAAUUUCGCGAUUAUAGACGAAAACAUAAACCACCCAAGUUGGAAGAUAAAGCUAAAUUAGAAAAUAAUUUUAAUACCUUACAAACUAGACUACGACUUAGUAACAGACCUGCUUACAUACCAACGGAAGGAAAAUUGGUUUCGGAUAUUGCUGAUGCAUGGAAAGGCUUGGAAUCAGCUGAAAAGGGUUUUGAAGAAUGGCUUCUAUCAGAACUUCAAAGACUUGAAAGACUCGACCAUUUGGCCCAGAAAUUCCGUCAUAAAUGUGAAAUUCAUGAGGAAUGGGCCGUUGGAAAGGAAGAGAUGUUAGAAAGCAGAGAUUUUAAGAAAUGUAGAUUAAAUGAAUUAAAAGCUAUGAAAAAGAAACAUGAAGCUUUCGAGAGUGAUUUAGCUGCCCAUCAAGAUCGUGUUGAGCAAAUUGCAGCCAUUGCCCAAGAAUUGAAUGCCCUAGAUUACCAUGAUGUUAAUAGGGUUAACACAAGAUGUCAGACAAUCUGUGAUCAAUGGGAUAGAUUAGGUCAAUCAACACAGAGAAGACGAGAAGGUCUUGAAGAAGCUGAGAAGAUCUUAGAAAGAAUUGAUCAUCUCCAUCUUGAAUUUGCCAAGAGAGCAGCACCAUUCAACAACUGGAUGGAUGGAGCUAAAGAAGAUCUAUUGGAUAUGUUUAUUGUUCAUACUACAGAAGAAGUCCAGGGUUUGAUCUCAGCCCACGACACAUUUAAAUCAACUCUGGGUGAGGCUGAUAAGGAAUAUACUACUAUUAUUACCCUAGUACAGGACGUCCAACGUUUAGCCCAGCAAUAUAAUAUGACCCCCCCAGACAAUCCUUACACCACUUUACACGCCCAGGAUAUUGCAAACAAAUGGAGAGAAGUGCAAGAGUUGGUACCAAAACGAGACCAGACAUUACAACAAGAAAUGAUGAGACAACAGAAGAACGAGACCUUACGAAGACAGUUCGCUAAUAAAGCUAACAGCGUCGGAGAAUGGAUUGAAAAACGUCUUGACUUCGUUGCCGCCAUCGGUGUUCAUAUGAAAGGCUCUCUGGAAGACCAUCUGAAUGAAAUUCAACAUGUUGAGAAGGAAUGUCAUGGAUUUAGGCCUCAUAUGGAAGAACUGGAAAGAAUUAAUCAGGAAGUACAAGAAUCUAUGAUAUUUGAAAACAGAUAUACACAAUACACCAUGGAGACAUUACGAGUCGGAUGGGAGCAACUUCUUACGGCUUUAGCUAGAAAUAUUAACGAACUAGAGAACCAGAUCUUAACACGAGACUCGAAGGGAAUCUCCGCCCAGCAGAUGAACGAAUUCAAACUAUCCUUCAGCCAUUUUGAUAAGAAUAAGACUAGUCGAUUGGAGCCGAAAGAAUUCAAGGCUUGUCUCGUCAGUCUUGGUUAUAAUAUCAGGGAUGACAAACAGGGUGAAGCAGACUUCCAGAGAAUUAUGGCCAUAGUUGACCCCAACAGAACUGGUUACAUCACCUUUGAGGCCUUUAUUGACUUCAUGACUAGAGAAACGGCCGAUACAGAUACUGCUGAACAAGUCAUGCACUCCUUCAAAAUAUUGGCUGGUGAUAAGCCCUUCAUCACAGCACAAAUUCUUCGUCAGGAAUUGCCACCAGAUCAAGCUGAGUAUUGUAUUCAAAGAAUGGCGCCUUACUCUGGUCGGGACGCGGUACCUGGUGCCCUCGACUACAUGUCUUUCUCUACGGCAUUAUAUGGAGAGAGUGACUUGUAAACAGAGACAUCAGGGGAAGGAUGUAGGCUGGUGCUACAGCAAAAUAGUUGGCAUGAUAGGUCCAUAACGCCACACCAUUUACAGCAGUCUUGGUUUCUACUAGAAGAUGUUCCAACCUUAGUGGUCCUUGUUUUUAAAUUGCUACCACUAGUCCUGCCUCAUUCCCAAGUCAUUUCUCAGAAAAAAAACUGUGUACCAGUGUUAUUUUUGGUUUCUAGGUGGUGAAGAGUGCGUUUUUCAAGGGAGAUCAUCUAGUGAAAAGAGUCAUAAUAAUCCACAUUAAUCACGAAAGGACAAAAAAAAAGUUCAGUUAUUAAUAAUUUGAGUGGUGUUUUCUUGUGAACCUAGAUAAUCCACAUUUCCCUUUUGUUUCAAAAUUUAAAAAUCUUCGCGUUGACUACAUUAAUACUGAUAAUUGUUUUGAAUUGGCAACCAAAUAAGCCAAAAUUUUAUGUGUUGUUUAUUCAAUUCACAUUGUCAAUGUCAAAUUUUGGCAUAUUUGGUUGUGAAAUUAAAGUGUUUUAAAGUAUAUAAGUGUCUAGUUUUAUUAACGUUUGUCCGUAAAAAUGACUGCACCAUGCCUCAGUACCUAUGUUCUUCUCAAUCAUCAUGUUGAAAGCGUCGACCUUAAAAAUAACAUGUUGGCGUUUUUUAAUUUUUCAUUUGUUAAACACGCAUGUUCCGAAUUUUUUAUUGGAUGCGGAAUAGUUUACAGCAAUAUUUUCUUGUUGAUGUUUUGAGUGUCGUUUUGAUAUAUUAAUUUUAGUCGGCCAUUUUGGUCGGAUGUAAAAAGUUACAGUGAUUCUUUAGUUUUUGAGUGAUUUCUUGACGUAGUUGAUCACUUUUCUUGCCACCAUCUUGAAAUGUGGCUUACAGAAAUUUAUUUUUGUAAUCUUAAUUUAUUACUUUGUGAGACAUUUUGUCUUCCAUUUCCAAUGAUUUGAAAAAUUUCAUAUGCAAUGGAUGUGGAGUUUAUUAAUAAAAAAAUGGACAAAGUUUUUAUAUUUAUGAUAAAUAUACGGUUUUUGAUGUACAUGGAAUUCGAUUAAAAACUAAAGAUGAAAACUUUUUAAAAAAGCAUAUCAAUGCUAGUUUUUACACGGAGGUAAUCUUAGAACAGAGUAAAAGCGAUUGUUGCAAUUUUAUAUCAAACAAAAUAGGCGUUGGCAUCCAAUGAGAUUAGAGGUAUUUUUUUGUAGAUAUUUGAAAUUUUUCAUUGAUUUAGCAUUGGGUUCUGGUAGACAGAUAUUGAAGCAUGUCAUUAAUUGAAAUUUCUCUGGAUUUGAACGUGACCUUUUCAAUUAUCAUACUAAAUAUUCAUAUCAGAGUGUCUCGAAACAUUGUUCGGUGUUUGACUUUGUGUUCAGUUUAAUAAUUUAAUUAAUUGAUUUAUUGCUUGAAAAACCAUAAAGACACUGCCAAAGAUGGACGAAGAAACUGGACAUUUGACAUAGUUCUAAAAAAAACGAGAUGGUAAUGAAACCCCAAAUCUUGAUUAAUAGGAUGUUCCUUUAUGUUUUGUUUAAUCAGAAGAAUAUAAUCACUGAAUGGUACUUAGUAAUUUUAGUGGACAUAUUCCUUCCAAUUAUGUUUGUUUAAGUAUUGCUCCUUGACUUCUGCUCAGUUUAUUUCCCCGCUAAAAUUAUCAUUUGCUGCAGACACGGAAUGGCUUUACAAUCUCGUACAAGUCUGAUGCCCUGGGGACUAUUCUAUCUUUUUUAUUACGAGUGACUCAAUUUUAGGAGCCUUUUUCAUCUAAUUUUGGCUCAUAACCAUCAUCCAAUCAAAAUGUAGCAUAUUUAUCAGCUUUGCUUGAUUGUCAUUGCCGCAAUUUGAACAGAGGUCAAGGUCGUUGCUCUUGAUGAGCUAUUCCAUUUGUUAACAUAGGUAGAUAUUUUGCUUCUAUUUAUUGCUAAUAAUCCUUGCAAAUUUGCAAAAAAUGCUUCAUAUUCACUUUGAGCCAUAAUGAAACCAUUGUGCGACAAAACUGGAGAGAUAAGAAUGUGUUUUGAUGCAAGAGUUAGACUUUUUAGGAUCCAGAUAUUUUUUUUUCUCAAUAUUUUUGUUUUCCUUUUUUUUGUAGUUUAACCACUAUAUUAUAGUUAUUGUAUGUAGAAUGACCUGAUGAAGAUUUUUUUUGAUAUUUUGUAGAUUGUAUAUUAAAAAAAAAUGAUCAAAUUUAUAAUCUUAAGCAGACGUGAAUCUCUGCCAAUCAAAAUUUAGCAUAUUCUGUACGUAACGUCAUUUCAUUUUUAAUACGUCAAUUUUCUUAAUGAUUUUGCUUGGUUUAAUUAGAUGGAUACUUUGGGAAAUAAGUGUUCAUGGGUUAGAAUCUUUUGAUUUAGACUGGGUGCUGAAACUGACCACUGGCCUAAUCGUCCAGUCCUGUUGUCAACGUAAUCUGGCCUAAUGGCCUAGCAACAGAUUCAGCUUUAAGGGAACUGCCUUGGAUCACCAUCGGUCAUCCAUGAACCCAUAAAUCCAAAGUAUCCUACAGUUGCUUGGGUUUUAAGCCUGAAAUCUUGUAAAAUAGUUAAAAAUUUAAAACUUGUUAAACCUGAGAUCAUGUCACUACUGUAUUUAGAUACUGAAAUAAAAUAUUUACCUCCUGUA